AUGACCAACCUCUUGAGAAGUGUUGUCACCGUCAUUGAUGUUUUCUACAAAUAUACCAACCAAGAUGGGGAAUGUGGCACACUGAGCAAGGAUGACCUAAAGGAACUUCUGGAGAAAGAAUUUCGGCCAAUUCUGAAGAACCCUGAUGAUCCAGACACAGUGGAUGUCAUUAUGCAUAUGCUGGAUCGAGAUCAUGACCGAAGACUGGACUUUACUGAGUUUCUUCUGAUGGUAUUCAAGCUGGCUAUGGCCUGCAACAAGGUUCUCAGCAAAGAAUACUGCAAAGCUUCAGGGUCAAAGAAGCAGAAGCAUAUGCAUGGUCACCAACACCAAGAGGAAGAAAGUGAAACAGAAGAAGAUGAGAAUAUAUCAAGACACAAAUCAGGUUAUAGAAAUCCAAGUGUGAGUGAGGGAGAGGAGCAUGGUUUUCAUUCUGAGGGUUCGGGGAGAACUCGGAAAUAUAGACAUGGGUCCCAUUCCAGGAGGCUGGGGAGGCAAAGUGGUUUAUCUAGCUCAGAAAACCAAGAGGGAUUUGAAAAAAAGCGCCGCGGGUCUAGCUCUGGUGACUCACAGAGUAGUGGCAAAGAAAGACGCGGUUCCAGCUCUGGAGAGCUAGAGAAACGAAGAAACAAGCCACAUGUUAGCCCCUCCAGGGAAUCUGGGGAGGAAUACACAUCUGGAUCUGGGUCUAAGAGUGGGGGAAGAAAAGGUCAUGGUGGUCUGUCAGGUGGACUAGAGGCAAGUGGGCAUGAAUCAAACUCUACUCAGUCAGGAAAGAAUGGAGGACAAAAUCUUGAAUCUAGCUCUAAAGGUUCAGGAGAGUAUGGAAGACAGAGCUAUGCAUGUGGUUCCAGCAACUCAAGUGGGUGUGGAGGAACACAAAAUGCUUCUAGCUCCUGUCAGGCAGGCAGAUUUGGAGGGCAAGGAAAUAAAUCUAGCUGUAUUCAGUCAGGUUGUCAAUCAGGAAAUAGUGGAAGACAAAGUCAUAAAUGUAUCUCAGGUCAAUCCUCUGGAUAUGGUCAAUGCAAGCCUAGCUACUGUAGCGAACCUUCUUGUCAUAGAAGAAGAUAUGGAUCCGGGGCAUGUUGUCAACCACAGAACUGUGGAGGACAACAUGGAAUGAGAUCAAGUCAGUCCUCUUGCUGUGGACAAUAUGGGUCUGGAGCAAGUCAGUCUUCUAAUUGUGGUCAACAAGGAUCUGGUUCCUGUAGACACUCUAUGAACUCUAAUCAAAAAGGGUGUGCAUCAAAUGAAUAUUCUCAAUGUGGUGAAUAUGGAUCUGGCUCAGGUCAGUCCUCAGGCUUUGAACAACACGGGUCGGGUUCAGGUCAGUCCUCGGGCUUUGAACAACAUGGAUCUGGCUCAGGACAGUCCUCAGGUCAUGGCCAACAUGGAUCUGGCUCAGGACAGUCCUCAGGCUUUGGACAACAUGGGUCUAGCUCAGGUCAGUCCUCUGGUCAUGGCCAACACGGAUCUGGCUCAGGACAGUCCUCAGGCUUUGGACAACAUGGAUCUAGCUCAGGUCAGUCCUCUGGUCAUGGCCAACAUGGAUCUGGCUCAGGUCAGUCCUCAGGCUUUGGACAACAUGGAUCUAGCUCAGGUCAGUCCUCUGGUCAUGGCCAACACGGAUCUGGCUCAGGUCAGUCCUCAGGCUUUGGACAACACGGGUCUAGCUCAGGUCAGUCCUCUGGUCAUGGCCAACAAGGAUCUGGCUCAGGUCAGUCCUCAGGCUUUGGACAACAUGGAUCUAGCUCAGGUCAGUCCUCUGGUCAUGGUCAACACGGAUCUGGCUCAGGUCAGUCCUCAGGCUUUGGACAACACGGGUCUAGCUCAGGUCAGUCCUCUGGUCAUGGCCAACACGGAUCUGGCUCAGGUCAGUCCUCAGGCUUUGGACAACACGGGUCUAGCUCAGGUCAGUCCUCUGGUCAUGGCCAACACGGAUCUGGCUCAGGACAGUCCUCAGGCUUUGGACAACAUGGAUCUAGCUCAGGUCAGUCCUCUAGUCAUGGCCAACACGGAUCUGGCUCAGGUCAGUCCUCAGGCUUUGGACAACACGGAUCUAGCUCAGGUCAGUCCUCUAGUCAUGGCCAACACGGAUCUGGCUCAGGACAGUCCUCAGGAUUUGGACAACAUGGGUCCAGCUCAGGUCAGUCCUCUGGUCAUGCCCAACACAGAUCUGGCUCAGGACAGUCCUCAGGCUUUGGACAACACGGAUCUAGCUCAGGUCAGUCCUCUAGUCAUGGCCAACACGGAUCUGGCUCAGGACAGUCCUCAGGAUUUGGACAACAUGGGUCCAGCUCAGGUCAGUCCUCUAGUCAUGCCCAACACAGAUCUGGCUCAGGACAGUCCUCAGGCUUUGGACAACACGGAUCUAGCUCAGGUCAGUCCGCUGGUCAUGGCCAACACAGAUCUGGCUCAGGUCAGUCCUCAGGCUUUGGACAACACGAAUCUAGCUCAGGUCAGUCCUCUAGUCAUGGCCAACACGGAUCUGGCUCAGGACAGUACUCAGGAUUUGGACAACAUGGGUCUAGCUCAGGUCAGUCCUCUGGUCAUGCCCAACACAGAUCUGGCUCAGCUCAGUCCUCAGGAUUUGGACAACAUGGAUCUAGCUCAGGUCAGUACUCUGGUCAUGGCCAACACGGAUCUGGCUCAGCUCAGUCCUCAGGAUUAGGACAACAUGGGUCUAGCUCAGGUCAGUCCUCUGGUCAUGGCCAACACAGAUCUGGCUCAAGUCAGUCCGCAGGCUUUGGACAACACAGAUCUGGGUCAGAUCAGCAACCGAGUAGUAGUCAGGACACCUCAUCCCAUGGACACUCAGGAUCCCGUUCAAGUGGAAGACUAGAAUCCCAGCACCAGCAGUCACCAGACAGGUCCAGACACUCGCGCACUGAACAUGGACAAUCGUCUUCCAGAUCCAGAGGCACCACUCAUCGGGAGCCCAGUAGUAGUCAGGCCAGUGACAGCGAAGGACAGGGUGAAGAUUCAGGUAGACAAACUGCCUCCACUCAUGGGAGGACUGCGUCCAGUACUCAGCACCACCAUGGUUCUACUCAUGAGCAGUCUGGAGACAGUGCUAGAAACUCUGCCACCCACCGAGGGCAGACAGGCCACCACAGUCACACUGAGCAUGCCCAGGGACACUCCAACUCUGGUGAACGAAGAAGACAAGGACUGAGUGAUGGGUACUCCGGAGACAGCUCCAGACAAUCGGGGUCUCCUCAAGCAGAGACAUCCUCUCGAGGACACAACACCUCAUCCCAUGGACACUCAGGAUCCCGUUCAAGUGGAAGACUAGAAUCCCGGCACCAGCAGUCACCAGACAGGUCCAGACACUCGCGCACUGAACAUGGACAAUCGUCUUCCAGAUCCAGAGGCACCACUCAUCGGGAGCCCAGUAGUAGUCAGGCCAGUGACAGCGAAGGACAGGGUGAAGAUUCAGGUAGACAAACUGCCUCCACUCAUGGGAGGACUGCGUCCAGUACUCAGCACCACCAUGGUUCUACUCAUGAGCAGUCUGGAGACAGUGCUAGAAACUCUGCCACCCACCGAGGGCAGACAGGCCACCACAGUCACACUGAGCAUGCCCAGGGACACUCCAACUCUGGUGAACGAAGAAGACAAGGACUGAGUGAUGGGUACUCCGGAGACAGCUCCAGACAAUCGGGGUCUCCUCAAGCAGAGACAUCCUCUCGAGGACACAACACCUCAUCCCAUGGACACUCAGGAUCCCGUUCAAGUGGAAGACUAGAAUCCCGGCACCAGCAGUCACCAGACAGGUCCAGACACUCGCGCACUGAACAUGGACAAUCGUCUUCCAGAUCCAGAGGCACCACUCAUCGGGAGCCCAGUAGUAGUCAGGCCAGUGACAGCGAAGGACAGGGUGAAGAUUCAGGUAGACAAACUGCCUCCACUCAUGGGAGGACUGCGUCCAGUACUCAGCACCACCAUGGUUCUACUCAUGAGCAGUCUGGAGACAGUGCUAGAAACUCUGCCACCCACCGAGGGCAGACAGGCCACCACAGUCACACUGAGCAUGCCCAGGGACACUCCAACUCUGGUGAACGAAGAAGACAAGGACUGAGUGAUGGGUACUCCGGAGACAGCUCCAGACAAUCGGGGUCUCCUCAAGCAGAGACAUCCUCUCGAGGACACAACACCUCAUCCCAUGGACACUCAGGAUCCCGUUCAAGUGGAAGACUAGAAUCCCGGCACCAGCAGUCACCAGACAGGUCCAGACACUCGCGCACUGAACAUGGACAAUCGUCUUCCAGAUCCAGAGGCACCACUCAUCGGGAGCCCAGUAGUAGUCAGGCCAGUGACAGCGAAGGACAGGGUGAAGAUUCAGGUAGACAAACUGCCUCCACUCAUGGGAGGACUGCGUCCAGUACUCAGCACCACCAUGGUUCUACUCAUGAGCAGUCUGGAGACAGUGCUAGAAACUCUGCCACCCACCGAGGGCAGACAGGCCACCACAGUCACACUGAGCAUGCCCAGGGACACUCCAACUCUGGUGAACGAAGAAGACAAGGACUGAGUGAUGGGUACUCCGGAGACAGCUCCAGACAAUCGGGGUCUCCUCAAGCAGAGACAUCCUCUCGAGGACACAACACCUCAUCCCAUGGACACUCAGGAUCCCGUUCAAGUGGAAGACUAGAAUCCCGGCACCAGCAGUCACCAGACAGGUCCAGACACUCGCGCACUGAACAUGGACAAUCGUCUUCCAGAUCCAGAGGCACCACUCAUCGGGAGCCCAGUAGUAGUCAGGCCAGUGACAGCGAAGGACAGGGUGAAGAUUCAGGUAGACAAACUGCCUCCACUCAUGGGAGGACUGCGUCCAGUACUCAGCACCACCAUGGUUCUACUCAUGAGCAGUCUGGAGACAGUGCUAGAAACUCUGCCACCCACCGAGGGCAGACAGGCCACCACAGUCACACUGAGCAUGCCCAGGGACACUCCAACUCUGGUGAACGAAGAAGACAAGGACUGAGUGAUGGGUACUCCGGAGACAGCUCCAGACAAUCGGGGUCUCCUCAAGCAGAGACAUCCUCUCGAGGACACAACACCUCAUCCCAUGGACACUCAGGAUCCCGUUCAAGUGGAAGACUAGAAUCCCGGCACCAGCAGUCACCAGACAGGUCCAGACACUCGCGCACUGAACAUGGACAAUCGUCUUCCAGAUCCAGAGGCACCACUCACCGGGAGCCCAGUAGUAGUCAGGCCAGUGACAGCGAAGGACAGGGUGAAGAUUCAGGUAGACAAACUGCCUCCACUCAUGGGAGGACUGCGUCCAGUACUCAGCACCACCAUGGUUCUACUCAUGAGCAGUCUGGAGACAGUGCUAGAAACUCUGCCACCCACCGAGGGCAGACAGGCCACCACAGUCACACUGAGCAUGCCCAGGGACACUCCAACUCUGGUGAACGAAGAAGACAAGGACUGAGUGAUGGGUACUCCGGAGACAGCUCCAGACAAUCGGGGUCUCCUCAAGCAGAGACAUCCUCUCGAGGACACAACACCUCAUCCCAUGGACACUCAGGAUCCCGUUCAAGUGGAAGACUAGAAUCCCGGCACCAGCAGUCACCAGACAGGUCCAGACACUCGCGCACUGAACAUGGACAAUCGUCUUCCAGAUCCAGAGGCACCACUCAUCGGGAGCCCAGUAGUAGUCAGGCCAGUGACAGCGAAGGACAGGGUGAAGAUUCAGGUAGACAAACUGCCUCCACUCAUGGGAGGACUGCGUCCAGUACUCAGCACCACCAUGGUUCUACUCAUGAGCAGUCCGGAGACAGUGCUAGAAACUCUGCCACCCACCGAGGGCAGACAGGCCACCACAGUCACACUGAGCAUGCCCAGGGACACUCCAACUCUGGUGAACGAAGAAGACAAGGACUGAGUGAUGGGUACUCCGGAGACAGCUCCAGACAAUCGGGGUCUCCUCAAGCAGAGACAUCCUCUCGAGGACACAACACCUCAUCCCAUGGACACUCAGGAUCCCGUUCAAGUGGAAGACUAGAAUCCCGGCACCAGCAGUCACCAGACAGGUCCAGACACUCGCGCACUGAACAUGGACAAUCGUCUUCCAGAUCCAGAGGCACCACUCAUCGGGAGCCCAGUAGUAGUCAGGCCAGUGACAGCGAAGGACAGGGUGAAGAUUCAGGUAGACAAACUGCCUCCACUCAUGGGAGGACUGCGUCCAGUACUCAGCACCACCAUGGUUCUACUCAUGAGCAGUCUGGAGACAGUGCUAGAAACUCUGCCACCCACCGAGGGCAGACAGGCCACCACAGUCACACUGAGCAUGCCCAGGGACACUCCAACUCUGGUGAACGAAGAAGACAAGGACUGAGUGAUGGGUACUCCGGAGACAGCUCCAGACAAUCGGGGUCUCCUCAAGCAGAGACAUCCUCUCGAGGACACAACACCUCAUCCCAUGGACACUCAGGAUCCCGUUCAAGUGGAAGACUAGAAUCCCGGCACCAGCAGUCACCAGACAGGUCCAGACACUCGCGCACUGAACAUGGACAAUCGUCUUCCAGAUCCAGAGGCACCACUCAUCGGGAGCCCAGUAGUAGUCAGGCCAGUGACAGCGAAGGACAGGGUGAAGAUUCAGGUAGACAAACUGCCUCCACUCAUGGGAGGACUGCGUCCAGUACUCAGCACCACCAUGGUUCUACUCAUGAGCAGUCUGGAGACAGUGCUAGAAACUCUGCCACCCACCGAGGGCAGACAGGCCACCACAGUCACACUGAGCAUGCCCAGGGACACUCCAACUCUGGUGAACGAAGAAGACAAGGACUGAGUGAUGGGUACUCCAGAGACAGCUCCAGACAAUCGGGGUCUCCUCAAGCAGAGACAUCCUCUCGAGGACACAACACCUCAUCCCAUGGACACUCAGGAUCCCGUUCAAGUGGAAGACUAGAAUCCCGGCACCAGCAGUCACCAGACAGGUCCAGACACUCGCGCACUGAACAUGGACAAUCGUCUUCCAGAUCCAGAGGCACCACUCAUCGGGAGCCCAGUAGUAGUCAGGCCAGUGACAGCGAAGGACAGGGUGAAGAUUCAGGUAGACAAACUGCCUCCACUCAUGGGAGGACUGCGUCCAGUACUCAGCACCACCAUGGUUCUACUCAUGAGCAGUCUGGAGACAGUGCUAGAAACUCUGCCACCCACCGAGGGCAGACAGGCCACCACAGUCACACUGAGCAUGCCCAGGGACACUCCAACUCUGGUGAACGAAGAAGACAAGGACUGAGUGAUGGGUACUCCGGAGACAGCUCCAGACAAUCGGGGUCUCCUCAAGCAGAGACAUCCUCUCGAAGACACAACACCUCAUCCCAUGGACACUCAGGAUCCCGUUCAAGUGGAAGACUAGAAUCCCGGCACCAGCAGUCACCAGACAGGUCCAGACACUCGCGCACUGAACAUGGACAAUCGUCUUCCAGAUCCAGAGGCACCACUCACCGGGAGCCCAGUAGUAGUCAGGCCAGUGACAGCGAAGGACAGGGUGAAGAUUCAGGUAGACAAACUGCCUCCACUCAUGGGAGGACUGCGUCCAGUACUCAGCACCACCAUGGUUCUACUCAUGAGCAGUCUGGACACAGUGCUAGAAACUCUGCCACCCACCGAGGGCAGACAGGCCACCACAGUCACACUGAGCAUGCCCAGGGACACUCCAACUCUGGUGAACGAAGAAGACAAGGACUGAGUGAUGGGUACUCCGGAGACAGCUCCAGACAAUCGGGGUCUCCUCAAGCAGAGACAUCCUCUCGAGGACACAACACCUCAUCCCAUGGACACUCAGGAUCCCGUUCAAGUGGAAGACUAGAAUCCCGGCACCAGCAGUCACCAGACAGGUCCAGACACUCGCGCACUGAACAUGGACAAUCGUCUUCCAGAUCCAGAGGCACCACUCAUCGGGAGCCCAGUAGUAGUCAGGCCAGUGACAGCGAAGGACAGGGUGAAGAUUCAGGUAGACAAACUGCCUCCACUCAUGGGAGGACUGCGUCCAGUACUCAGCACCACCAUGGUUCUACUCAUGAGCAGUCUGGAGACAGUGCUAGAAACUCUGCCACCCACCGAGGGCAGACAGGCCACCACAGUCACACUGAGCAUGCCCAGGGACACUCCAACUCUGGUGAACGAAGAAGACAAGGACUGAGUGAUGGGUACUCCGGAGACAGCUCCAGACCAUCGGGGUCUCCUCAAGCAGAGACAUCCUCUCGAGGACACAACACCUCAUCCCAUGGACACUCAGGAUCCCGUUCAAGUGGAAGACUAGAAUCCCGGCACCAGCAGUCACCAGACAGGUCCAGACACUCGCGCACUGAACAUGGACAAUCGUCUUCCAGAUCCAGAGGCACCACUCAUCGGGAGCCCAGUAGUAGUCAGGCCAGUGACAGCGAAGGACAGCGUGAAGAUUCAGGUAGACAAACUGCCUCCACUCAUGGGAGGACUGCGUCCAGUACUCAGCACCACCAUGGUUCUACUCAUGAGCAGUCUGGAGACAGUGCUAGAAACUCUGCCACCCACCGAGGGCAGACAGGCCACCACAGUCACACUGAGCAUGCCCAGGGACACUCCAACUCUGGUGAACGAAGAAGACAAGGACUGAGUGAUGGGUACUCCGGAGACAGCUCCAGACAAUCGGGGUCUCCUCAAGCAGAGACAUCCUCUCGAGGACACAACACCUCAUCCCAUGGACACUCAGGAUCCCGUUCAAGUGGAAGACUAGAAUCCCGGCACCAGCAGUCACCAGACAGGUCCAGACACUCGCGCACUGAACAUGGACAAUCGUCUUCCAGAUCCAGAGGCACCACUCAUCGGGAGCCCAGUAGUAGUCAGGCCAGUGACAGCGAAGGACAGGGUGAAGAUUCAGGUAGACAAACUGCCUCCACUCAUGGGAGGACUGCGUCCAGUACUCAGCACCACCAUGGUUCUACUCAUGAGCAGUCUGGAGACAGUGCUAGAAACUCUGCCACCCACCGAGGGCAGACAGGCCACCACAGUCACACUGAGCAUGCCCAGGGACACUCCAACUCUGGUGAACGAAGAAGACAAGGACUGAGUGAUGGGUACUCCGGAGACAGCUCCAGACAAUCGGGGUCUCCUCAAGCAGAGACAUCCUCUCGAGGACACAACACCUCAUCCCAUGGACACUCAGGAUCCCGUUCAAGUGGAAGACUAGAAUCCCGGCACCAGCAGUCACCAGACAGGUCCAGACACUCGCGCACUGAACAUGGACAAUCGUCUUCCAGAUCCAGAGGCACCACUCAUCGGGAGCCCAGUAGUAGUCAGGCCAGUGACAGCGAAGGACAGGGUGAAGAUUCAGGUAGACAAACUGCCUCCACUCAUGGGAGGACUGCGUCCAGUACUCAGCACCACCAUGGUUCUACUCAUGAGCAGUCUGGAGACAGUGCUAGAAACUCUGCCACCCACCGAGGGCAGACAGGCCACCACAGUCACACUGAGCAUGCCCAGGGACACUCCAACUCUGGUGAACGAAGAAGACAAGGACUGAGUGAUGGGUACUCCGGAGACAGCUCCAGACCAUCGGGGUCUCCUCAAGCAGAGACAUCCUCUCGAGGACACAACACCUCAUCCCAUGGACACUCAGGAUCCCGUUCAAGUGGAAGACUAGAAUCCCGGCACCAGCAGUCACCAGACAGGUCCAGACACUCGCGCACUGAACAUGGACAAUCGUCUUCCAGAUCCAGAGGCACCACUCAUCGGGAGCCCAGUAGUAGUCAGGCCAGUGACAGCGAAGGACAGCGUGAAGAUUCAGGUAGACAAACUGCCUCCACUCAUGGGAGGACUGCGUCCAGUACUCAGCACCACCAUGGUUCUACUCAUGAGCAGUCCGGAGACAGUGCUAGAAACUCUGCCACCCACCGAGGGCAGACAGGCCACCACAGUCACACUGAGCAUGCCCAGGGACACUCCAACUCUGGUGAACGAAGAAGACAAGGACUGAGUGAUGGGUACUCCGGAGACAGCUCCAGACAAUCGGGGUCUCCUCAAGCAGAGACAUCCUCUCGAGGACACAACACCUCAUCCCAUGGACACUCAGGAUCCCGUUCAAGUGGAAGACUAGAAUCCCGGCACCAGCAGUCACCAGACAGGUCCAGACACUCGCGCACUGAACAUGGACAAUCGUCUUCCAGAUCCAGAGGCACCACUCAUCGGGAGCCCAGUAGUAGUCAGGCCAGUGACAGCGAAGGACAGGGUGAAGAUUCAGGUAGACAAACUGCCUCCACUCAUGGGAGGACUGCGUCCAGUACUCAGCACCACCAUGGUUCUACUCAUGAGCAGUCUGGAGACAGUGCUAGAAACUCUGCCACCCACCGAGGGCAGACAGGCCACCACAGUCACACUGAGCAUGCCCAGGGACACUCCAACUCUGGUGAACGAAGAAGACAAGGACUGAGUGAUGGGUACUCCGGAGACAGCUCCAGACCAUCGGGGUCUCCUCAAGCAGAGACAUCCUCUCGAGGACACAACACCUCAUCCCAUGGACACUCAGGAUCCCGUUCAAGUGGAAGACUAGAAUCCCGGCACCAGCAGUCACCAGACAGGUCCAGACACUCGCGCACUGAACAUGGACAAUCGUCUUCCAGAUCCAGAGGCACCACUCAUCGGGAGCCCAGUAGUAGUCAGGCCAGUGACAGCGAAGGACAGCGUGAAGAUUCAGGUAGACAAACUGCCUCCACUCAUGGGAGGACUGCGUCCAGUACUCAGCACCACCAUGGUUCUACUCAUGAGCAGUCUGGAGACAGUGCUAGAAACUCUGCCACCCACCGAGGGCAGACAGGCCACCACAGUCACACUGAGCAUGCCCAGGGACACUCCAACUCUGGUGAACGAAGAAGACAAGGACUGAGUGAUGGGUACUCCGGAGACAGCUCCAGACCAUCGGGGUCUCCUCAAGCAGAGACAUCCUCUCGAGGACACAACACCUCAUCCCAUGGACACUCAGGAUCCCGUUCAAGUGGAAGACUAGAAUCCCGGCACCAGCAGUCACCAGACAGGUCCAGACACUCGCGCACUGAACAUGGACAAUCGUCUUCCAGAUCCAGAGGCACCACUCAUCGGGAGCCCAGUAGUAGUCAGGCCAGUGACAGCGAAGGACAGGGUGAAGAUUCAGGUAGACAAACUGCCUCCACUCAUGGGAGGACUGCGUCCAGUACUCAGCACCACCAUGGUUCUACUCAUGAGCAGUCUGGAGACAGUGCUAGAAACUCUGCCACCCACCGAGGGCAGACAGGCCACCACAGUCACACUGAGCAUGCCCAGGGACACUCCAACUCUGGUGAACGAAGAAGACAAGGAGUGAGUGAUGGGUACUCCGGAGACAGCUCCAGACAAUCGGGGUCUCCUCAAGCAGAGACAUCCUCUCGAGGACACAACACCUCAUCCCAUGGACACUCAGGAUCCCGUUCAAGUGGAAGACUAGAAUCCCGGCACCAGCAGUCACCAGACAGGUCCAGACACUCGCGCACUGAACAUGGACAAUCGUCUUCCAGAUCCAGAGGCACCACUCACCGGGAGCCCAGUAGUAGUCAGGCCAGUGACAGCGAAGGACAGGGUGAAGAUUCAGGUAGACAAACUGCCUCCACUCAUGGGAGGACUGCGUCCAGUACUCAGCACCACCAUGGUUCUACUCAUGAGCAGUCUGGACACAGUGCUAGAAACUCUGCCACCCACCGAGGGCAGACAGGCCACCACAGUCACACUGAGCAUGCCCAGGGACACUCCAACUCUGGUGAACGAAGAAGACAAGGACUGAGUGAUGGGUACUCCGGAGACAGCUCCAGACCAUCGGGGUCUCCUCAAGCAGAGACAUCCUCUCGAGGACACAACACCUCAUCCCAUGGACACUCAGGAUCCCGUUCAAGUGGAAGACUAGAAUCCCGGCACCAGCAGUCACCAGACAGGUCCAGACACUCGCGCACUGAACAUGGACAAUCGUCUUCCAGAUCCAGAGGCACCACUCAUCGGGAGCCCAGUAGUAGUCAGGCCAGUGACAGCGAAGGACAGGGUGAAGAUUCAGGUAGACAAACUGCCUCCACUCAUGGGAGGACUGCGUCCAGUACUCAGCACCACCAUGGUUCUACUCAUGAGCAGUCUGGAGACAGUGCUAGAAACUCUGCCACCCACCGAGGGCAGACAGGCCACCACAGUCACACUGAGCAUGCCCAGGGACACUCCAACUCUGGUGAACGAAGAAGACAAGGACUGAGUGAUGGGUACUCCGGAGACAGCUCCAGACCAUCGGGGUCUCCUCAAGCAGAGACAUCCUCUCGAGGACACAACACCUCAUCCCAUGGACACUCAGGAUCCCGUUCAAGUGGAAGACUAGAAUCCCGGCACCAGCAGUCACCAGACAGGUCCAGACACUCGCGCACUGAACAUGGACAAUCGUCUUCCAGAUCCAGAGGCACCACUCAUCGGGAGCCCAGUAGUAGUCAGGCCAGUGACAGCGAAGGACAGGGUGAAGAUUCAGGUAGACAAACUGCCUCCACUCAUGGGAGGACUGCGUCCAGUACUCAGCACCACCAUGGUUCUACUCAUGAGCAGUCUGGAGACAGUGCUAGAAACUCUGCCACCCACCGAGGGCAGACAGGCCACCACAGUCACACUGAGCAUGCCCAGGGACACUCCAACUCUGGUGAACGAAGAAGACAAGGACUGAGUGAUGGGUACUCCGGAGACAGCUCCAGACCAUCGGGGUCUCCUCAAGCAGAGACAUCCUCUCGAGGACACAACACCUCAUCCCAUGGACACUCAGGAUCCCGUUCAAGUGGAAGACUAGAAUCCCGGCACCAGCAGUCACCAGACAGGUCCAGACACUCGCGCACUGAACAUGGACAAUCGUCUUCCAGAUCCAGAGGCACCACUCAUCGGGAGCCCAGUAGUAGUCAGGCCAGUGACAGCGAAGGACAGCGUGAAGAUUCAGGUAGACAAACUGCCUCCACUCAUGGGAGGACUGCGUCCAGUACUCAGCACCACCAUGGUUCUACUCAUGAGCAGUCUGGAGACAGUGCUAGAAACUCUGCCACCCACCGAGGGCAGACAGGCCACCACAGUCACACUGAGCAUGCCCAGGGACACUCCAACUCUGGUGAACGAAGAAGACAAGGAGUGAGUGAUGGGUACUCCGGAGACAGCUCCAGACCAUCGGGGUCUCCUCAAGCAGAGACAUCCUCUCGAGGACACAACACCUCAUCCCAUGGACACUCAGGAUCCCGUUCAAGUGGAAGACUAGAAUCCCGGCACCAGCAGUCACCAGACAGGUCCAGACACUCGCGCACUGAACAUGGACAAUCGUCUUCCAGAUCCAGAGGCACCACUCAUCGGGAGCCCAGUAGUAGUCAGGCCAGUGACAGCGAAGGACAGCGUGAAGAUUCAGGAUCCCGUUCAAGUGGAAGACUAGAAUCCCGGCACCAGCAGUCACCAGACAGGUCCAGACACUCGCGCACUGAACAUGGACAAUCGUCUUCCAGAUCCAGAGGCACCACUCAUCGGGAGCCCAGUAGUAGUCAGGCCAGUGACAGCGAAGGACAGGGUGAAGAUUCAGGUAGACAAACUGCCUCCACUCAUGGGAGGACUGCGUCCAGUACUCAGCACCACCAUGGUUCUACUCAUGAGCAGUCUGGAGACAGUGCUAGAAACUCUGCCACCCACCGAGGGCAGACAGGCCACCACAGUCACACUGAGCAUGCCCAGGGACACUCCAACUCUGGUGAACGAAGAAGACAAGGAGUGAGUGAUGGGUACUCCGGAGACAGCUCCAGACAAUCGGGGUCUCCUCAAGCAGAGACAUCCUCUCGAAGACACAACACCUCAUCCCAUGGACACUCAGGAUCCCGUUCAAGUGGAAGACUAGAAUCCCGGCACCAGCAGUCACCAGACAGGUCCAGACACUCGCGCACUGAACAUGGACAAUCGUCUUCCAGAUCCAGAGGCACCACUCACCGGGAGCCCAGUAGUAGUCAGGCCAGUGACAGCGAAGGACAGGGUGAAGAUUCAGGUAGACAAACUGCCUCCACUCAUGGGAGGACUGCGUCCAGUACUCAGCACCACCAUGGUUCUACUCAUGAGCAGUCUGGAGACAGUGCUAGAAACUCUGCCACCCACCGAGGGCAGACAGGCCACCACAGUCACACUGAGCAUGCCCAGGGACACUCCAACUCUGGUGAACGAAGAAGACAAGGACUGAGUGAUGGGUACUCCGGAGACAGCUCCAGACAAUCGGGGUCUCCUCAAGCAGAGACAUCCUCUCGAGGACACAACACCUCAUCCCAUGGACACUCAGGAUCCCGUUCAAGUGGAAGACUAGAAUCCCGGCACCAGCAGUCACCAGACAGGUCCAGACACUCGCGCACUGAACAUGGACAAUCGUCUUCCAGAUCCAGAGGCACCACUCAUCGGGAGCCCAGUAGUAGUCAGGCCAGUGACAGCGAAGGACAGGGUGAAGAUUCAGGUAGACAAACUGCCUCCACUCAUGGGAGGACUGCGUCCAGUACUCAGCACCACCAUGGUUCUACUCAUGAGCAGUCUGGAGACAGUGCUAGAAACUCUGCCACCCACCGAGGGCAGACAGGCCACCACAGUCACACUGAGCAUGCCCAGGGACACUCCAACUCUGGUGAACGAAGAAGACAAGGACUGAGUGAUGGGUACUCCGGAGACAGCUCCAGACAAUCGGGGUCUCCUCAAGCAGAGACAUCCUCUCGAGGACACAACACCUCAUCCCAUGGACACUCAGGAUCCCGUUCAAGUGGAAGACUAGAAUCCCCGCACCAGUAG